AUGGCAGAUGAGGCGACUGAAGUGACUGAAUUCCUGAAAGCUCCUAAUGGUAAAAAAGAUGCGAAACGGGAGCUAUCCACCUCGGAUACCCAAUGUGGCUUUGGUAUAUUCAAAGGACCACGCAUUCAACGCUGGGCCACGGAGCACAUGUUUAUGGUGCUGUUCGGCAUCGCCGGCUGUUUUAUAGGCAUGGCAUUUUCCUAUUUCAAUGGCACGAUUACAACGCUGGAGAAACGCUAUAAGAUACCCACGAAGACAUCGGGCAUCAUAACGGUGGGCAACGAUAUAAGCACGACGUUGAGCUGUGCAUUCUUAGGGUACUACGCGGGUCGCGGUCAUCGACCGAAAUAUGUUGCUCUAGGGCUUCUCAUCUUGGCGAUCUUCUGCCUGCUGAUGGCAUCUCCGCAUUUCAUUUACGGCGCUGGCGAGGAUGCUAUAAAGCUCACCCAUGAAUAUAUGAAUACAAGUGUUCUCAAUGCCACCCUGGAGGAUCCCACACUCUGUCAAUCCCGAUUGCCCGACUGUGUGCAGACCGCAAGUCAAUGGGCGCCCAUAAUUCUGUUGUUUGUGGCCCAAUUUAUAUCUGGAAUCGGGUGUUCACUCUUCUACACACUGGGCCUAUCCUAUAUGGAUGACAAUUCAACCAAGUCCAAGUCACCGGCUAUGCUUAGUUGGUCUGCUUUUCUGCGCAUGUUGGGUCCAGCGUUUGGCUACUCCUUGGCAUCCGUUUGUCUGCGUUUCUACAUAGAUCCGCAGCUAAAGCCGCUGAUCAGCAAUGAGGAUUCACGUUGGCUGGGCGCCUGGUGGAUCGGCUGGAUCAUAUUGACCAUCAUAAUGCUAAUAUCUGCCUUUUUUCUAUACUUGUUUCCCAGAGAGCUGCCCAGUGCUCAGGCUCGACGAUUGAAAGCAAAUGGAGCCGACACUGGCGUUCACUCAGUGACAGAGUUAUCCCUCGUUGACAUGAUGCAAUCCGUCAAACGAUUGGCCAAAAACAAGGUAUAUGUCUAUAACAACAUUGCCUCAAUUCUCUAUUUCUUCGGCUAUACGCCGUAUUGGAUAUUUACGCCCAAGUACAUUGAGACCCAAUAUCAACAAUCGGCUAGCACAGCCACCAUGGCAACGGGUACAGUCGCUUUGGCCUUCUCGGCAGCCGGUGUCUUGCUCUCCGGCCAUGUGAUCUCCAAAUACAAACCCAGCGCCCGGGCAAUGGCCGCUUGGAAUGGCAUCGUUGAUAUAUUUACGGUAAUGGGCAUCUUGUGCUAUGUGCUCAUCGGCUGUGCUGACAGCGAUAAGACGACAUCCAUGUCGCCAAGCACGCCUGACAGCUGCACCGCCUCCUGUCACUGCGAGUAUGUGCACUACGCGCCCAUCUGCAGUCCAGAUAAUGUUACCUAUAUAUCUGCCUGUCAUGCCGGCUGCAACAGUAAACUGAAGGAUGAACUGGGUCGACUCAUCUACACAGGCUGUAAGUGCAUUGGCACAUUGGAUAUCGCAAAUGUUACAGAGUACCAAUCAGCACGACAAGGACCCUGCCCGGUGGACUGUUAUAAACAGUUUCUCAUCUUCCUAGGCGUCAUGUGUUUUCUGAAAUUCAUUGGCGCCUCCGGUAGAACAGCUAACCUAUUGUUGGCCUUGCGCUGCGUGUCAUCUGAGGACAAGAGCUUUGCCCUGGGCCUGGGCAAUGUAGUCGCCUCCAUAGUCAGCUUUAUACCCAGUCCCAUUCUAUUUGGCUGGAUUUUGGAUAGCUAUUGCGUGGUCUGGGGCAAAACGUGCGGCAGCAAAGGCAAUUGCUGGCUCUAUGAUACCAAAUCCUUACGCUAUACCAUAAAUCUUUUGGCUGCUUCAUUCAUAUUUGCUGGCAGUUUUUGGAACAUUGGCGUCUGGUAUCAUGCCAAAGAUUUACAGAUAUUCGACACUGAGCCAGAAGAGCCAAAGCACAAAAAGAACUCACAACAAUAUGAAUUAAACGAAUUAUCAGCUAGCGAAGUAAAAUAAAAAUAAUAUUUGAUA